CCUAUCACAAACUAGAAUUCUUUAGUUACGAAUUUGAAAAUACCAAAAACGUUUCGUAAUUUUUUUUAUUUUCAAUAUUUUCAUUUGACCGAAAUAUCUUAUUUCCAUCUGGUUGAAAUUCCGAUUUUCGGUGGUUAUAUUUUUAAAUGUAUAUGCUUUGCAUUGCAACCUAACGUUAAACCGAUGAUACUAUUUCUGUACGUUUCAUAAAGAAAAUAAUUAUUUAAACUAAAAAUUAUUUUCGCUAUUAUUAAAAUACAACAUGACAAAUACCAAAUAAGUUCAAUCAUAAUUUUGAAAUCCAAAAUGUUUAUAUAUACAGAGUAUAUACUUUGUAGUUAUGUUCUAUUUGUGUGUAAAUGAACUUUUUCUGAUUGAUCCGGGUCUUGGGUGUUUAUUUAUUUAAGUAUUUGUUAUAAAAUAUAGUAUCGUUGAGUUAGUAUCCCAUAACACAAGUUUUGAACUUACUUUGGGUUUGGCUCAAUCUGUGUGAUUUAUCCAUGUAUAUGUUGCAGUCAAAACUCUUAACCAGUCAAAAGUACUUUUGACUAGCAACAAAAAAGCUUUUUGGGUGGUUUACAAAAAAAAUACCUAACACUCGAAGGGUGAUCGCUCGCUGCGCUCGCGAUCACCCUUCGAACCUAUCACAUGCAUGUCGCGUCUGAGAACAAUGUCCGAAAAGAAUACGACUACUUAUUUGUUAGUAAGAGCGCGUACCUGCUUCAUGCAGCAACGGUCAAAAGUACUUUUAACUGAUUUUGCUAGUCAAUAGUACUUUUGACUGGUUAAGUGCUAGUCAAUAGUACUUUUGACUGGUUAAGAGUUUUGACUGUGACAUAUAUAUUUAUAUUAUAUUUAAUGAAUCAUUCAAAAAAUUACGGCGCUGUUUUUCGCUAACACUUAUUAUUUUUAUAACUCUACAGGUUCACUUUACUUCGGCCUUUAGGGUCCUAAUAAAAUAGAAGUUAUUGAAAAUCAAAUCUAGUUUGUGAUAGGUUACCCCCAAGGCCCAAGGGCCACCCCGCCGCAACCUAAACCUACCUAUAGCGCUCUGUCACAAGAUUCAAAUGUGAUAUAGAGUAAUCCAAAAACGUAAUGUUUAAAUACAUAGUGUUAAUCUUCUAAAGUAAAACAUUUAGCCUGGUAAAAUAAAUGGAGCAAAAACAUUUUUUGUUGUGUUGCUGUAAAAUUAAUAUUAUUAAUUAUUUUUACGGUAGUUAGAUAAUAAACAUCAUUGUCUGUCUAAACAUCUCAUACACAUAUUGUUGUUUAUCAUUAUUAUUAAAAUGUCUGAUAAUUUAGCAAAAGUGUAUAAAUCCAAUAGAGGUGGAUUAAAAUUACAUUAUGAAGGAUUCAGUUAUUAUAAAAACAAAGUGAACAAUACUAAAUUUUACUGGUGCUGUGAUUCACGAAAACACUACAUUUAUAAAUGUUGUGCAACAUUAGUUACAGAAGUAAAUAGUGCAAAUGAUAUGAUACAUAAUGUUUUAAAAUGCAGUAAUAAGCACAAUCAUGAGCCAAAUCCACUUGAUAAAGAAAUCUCGGAUUUUAGGCAAAAAUUGAAAGAGGAUGCAAGAACCGGAUUAAAGGUAUGCCAAAUUUUGCAAAAUAAUCAAAGUGAUUGCACUCCAGAAUUUCUAGAUCAUUUACCUAGUCAAUCAGCUCUUAAGCAGGUGAUGUAUAGAGCUAGAUCAAAGGUCCCAAAAAAGAAAGAGCCCACUGAUAUUUUAUUUGAAAUAGAUGAAAGUGAAAUGCAAAUAAAUGGUCAAUGUUUUGUCAUCAAAGAUCGGAUUUACAAUAAUAAUAAGCGAAUUUUGUUACUGUCAACGAAAAACAUGAUGCAAUUAUUGCAACAAGCAGAUUUUUGGGUCCUUGAUGGUACAUUUAAGAUUGUGCCACACAUAUUUCAACAAUUAUACACCAUACAUGGUAAUUUAUCAGUAACAGGAAAUAAAACAAAAACGUUCCCUUUACUGUAUUGUUUAUGCACAAACAAAGAUAAGAAAACAUACGACAUGAUAUUUGAAUUAUUACAAGAAUACGGAGUGGAAAAUGAUUUAGAAUUUCAUCCAAAAAUAUGUAUUUUGGACUUCGAAAAGGCGGCAAUCCAAAGUUUAAAAUCUAAUUUUGAGAAUGUGAUACUACAUGGCUGCCACUUUCAUCUCGGGCAAAUAUUAUAUCGGCAAGUUCAACAAAGGGGUUUAACACAAAGAUAUGCAAGUGAUAUAAAGUUUAAAACAGAUGUAAAAUGUCUUUUGGCACUGAGUUUUUUGCCUCCGAACGAGAUUCCUAUAUAUUUUAAUAAAUUACUCGUCAGUUAUAAAGACGACGAUGAUAUUAUUUCUUUAGCCCAUUGGUUUGAAGAAAAUUAUGUUAGUGGCACUUGCAGUGCCCCCGCAAGAUAUAUUCCGGAAUUUUGGAGCUGCGAGUUGAUAAAUACAUUAAAAUUGCCACGAACUCAAAAUUCAGCGGAAGCUUGGCAUCAUCACAUUAACCAAAUAAUAGAUAAAAAAUCUCCCGGAUUUUAUCACCUUAUAAAAGAACUUAUAAAAGAGACAAUAAUAAAGGAAUCAGAGAUAGAAAAGAUGUUAUGCGGAUCACCGCCUGAAAAAAAAAGAAGAAAGUAUAUCAUUAAAGAUGAAAAAUUGAAAAAAAUAAUAGAAAUUAAAGAAAAUCUUAAUGAAAUAAAAUACUUGAAAGAAAUUUCAAAAAUAAUUUGAAUAUUGUUAUAUAUUAAUUCUGCAUUUACACAAUUACUGUUAAUUAAAUUGAAGUUAUUUAAAAUCUGUAUAAAUAAUAAUUUAGAAGAAGUUACCUCUAUUGUUAACACUUCUAGAAAAUAAAGUUAUUGUUACUUAUAUUAUUGUUACUUAAAUAAGUGUCAUUUAUUAUAAUAUAUUAAUCCUGCAUGUACGAAAUUACUGUUAAUAAAAUAGAAGUUAUU